AAAGACCAAAACCAACAACGUGUCUGUCUCUCAAUUAUAGCCCGACCGAUACUGGAGGUAUAGAUAUUUUAGAUAGAUGUUUUAAAGAAUUGAAUAAUGAUAAACUGUUUUUUCGUAUUGUUUUUUUUUAAGAAUUGUGACCAAGAUGCAUACUAAGCGGGAUAUUUUAGAGUUAAAAAGUAAACUUUUAAGUGUCAUGAACCUAAGUUGGCAUCUAUAGGAUGUACUGCAGUUUCUUUACUUAUUGGCCGGCAUUUACACUGAUUUAUCGGUCUGGUUCCACUCUCAGUACUUAACAUAACUUCCCUAGCCUGGCUCCAUUCGUUCCUUUUGAAAGACAUAAAUCUCACAAAUGUAUAAUUACUUUUUCAUUCUCAGCCGGGCACUGUAGUUUUUAACAAACGUUACUCAAACAGGAGUAAGUAGUGCAUUUGUUGGGGAUUAUUUUCAGCUGCGGAUUAAUACACAUUUGGUGCAUUAGUGAGUACCCCACAUAUGGGAUUGACUCAAAAUAUUGAGGAACAUGUCACAGUGUGGCUCAUUGAUGUGUUUUUAAUAGUUUUGGACAACACUGCAUCUCUAUGGCACAGAGGAAUAAGAUAUAUCAGGCUUUGGCUAAAAACAGGUUUUGGUCUCCAUGGGAUUUGUUGACAAGAAAAAUAAAAAAUCUCACCAGAUUUAUCCUUUAACGUGGAAAAGUCGUGAAAUAAGUCACUUAAAUAAGUACAACAACUAAAUAUGAGUUGAAAUCACCAAAGUGAGUCCUUAAAUGUUGCUCGGUCUGCUCUUACAGCAACAAUUAGGGGUUUUAAUUUGUUAAUUUAAGGUCCACUAAAUUUACAAAUUAAGAUUAAGAUCAAGUUUUAGAUUUUAAAUUAAAGUGUGUAGAUUAUGGGAUGAUUAUGGCAUUUUAAAGCUUUUUUUAAAGGGUUACUUCACAGAUUUUACAUGUUAGUGUCAAUUUAGUAACAAAGGAAAAUGAGAGGCUGUGCACACACCUGCAAGGUCUUCGUCAGGCAAAAUAUUGCACUAAUAAAAACUUGGAAAUUUCAGCGUGCUGACAGCCUCUCAUUUUCCUUUGUUACUGUUUUUUUGUCCUGCAUCUGUACCCAACUGGGUUGGAUGUGCACAGGAGUAAUUAGUACCGCUCAGCCUUUUAACACAGAUGUAGGACUUCUGUGGCUCUGGAGGAGCUUUGUUAAAAUCAGAAAGAAUUACUCAAAUGGCAUCAAUGGAGUAAUUUCGAGCUUAAAGACUACAAAUUUUAACCACAAAGUUUACGUUACAAACUGGGAGCAGGCAGGGAGGGGCUAUUAAAAGAUGCUAUCAUGUUGCAUUUUGGGAAGUGUAGGAUCCAGUGUUUUUUAAGCUUGAACCAUUUAAAGGACAAAAAGUCAGCUCACCUCCACUGCUUUGCUUUUGACCAUUUUUUAAAAAUGUGUCUCUUGCAACACCACCAACUUUAAGGAAGUGCAUUAAUAAAUCGCCGGAGUCCUCUUUGAUAGAGAUGUUUCUGUUACUGAUUAGAUUUGGCAAUUGUUUAUGAACUAUAAAAACAGUUAUUAUCACGCAUGCAUGGUAUUUUUUCCAGCACAAACGUAACUCUAAAUCCUGCUUUUAAAAGUUCACUAACAGCUGAGUCUAGUAAUUACUGUAUAUUGAGCACUGGCAUUCUGCACGUUUGGCAGUUGUGUUCAAUUUUGUAUUAAAUAGUUAUAGUGAACAGUUGUAUUUCUGUAUGUAUGUAUGUAUUGUCUUUUUCUUAAAACAAUAACCAAUGUCUAAAUGUAUUCAAGAAAAUGAUUAAAGUAGUUUAUUUUUUGUGUGUGUGACAAAAACAAGACCCACUUAAACCUGAUUUUGACAAAAAAGUUGACUAUAUUAGCUUUGUUAUUUGGCAUAAAAACCUAAAUUACAUCGGAUGAGUGAUGAGUAAUUCAUAAAAAUGACAAUAAGCUGUUAUUUGAAGCUGCAACAUGUCAAUAUGACAUCUAAAUAUUACCAGUCCUGUAAUACAGCUUUUUAAUACUUGAAUGGGGCACAGCACAAACUACACGUAGACAUAAAAUGUACUAAAUAUUCUUUUCUUUUUGGGGUCACUUAAGAGAAUAAGCUGUUAUUGAGAGCUGCGACGAGUUCAUGUGCAGUGACUGUCGGGUGUCACCUUCUCAACAUGAGAUCAACAUGGCAGCUUCACUGAUGUUUUUACAGCAUCUGAUGUAAAUGGAAAAAGCGGCCACUAGAUGUCAGCCCCAGACGAUGUUAAAAGAAAAGUUGCUUCUCAAAAGUCCAUAACGUGAACCUCCUUCUCAGCUCCCCUCUUUUCUCCUCUCUCCCUCCCCCUUCCUCACUCACUCUAUUUGACUCUCCAUCCCUCCCCCCACUCUCCCUCUCUGAACCUCAGAGCGCGCUAUAUAAAACAUCCCUCCACACUGACACUCAGAUGUACAAGCACCUCGCUUCUCACCACAGCGCCUACAAACCUUGCAUCAAAAAUCACCCCGGUAAACACUGUUUUAACAGCAGACAUCUGACCCUCCUGAAUGAGCCUGAGAAGAUUCAUCUCUGCUCUCUCGCCUCAGGACCGCCUCCCUCACUCUCUAUUUCUCCUCAAGUUUGGCAGCUGAUACCGGCUCAGUCAGAAGGAGAUUUUUUAUUUUUUGCGGCUGAGAAGAUCAAGGACAGUUUGACAUGAGAGGAGACGCUGCACAAAGAGGCAUGAAGACCACAUGUCUGUGGGCUGCCGCUCUGCUGCUGCUGUCAGUCAUCUCUCUGGUUACCAGUGCUGAUUCACCAAGUUCAGGAAAUUCGGACUUGAGAGAGAGCUCAAAACCCAAAGUGAAGACCUACUGGACUGAAAGCAGCAAGGCCUUUUCCAACAGUCGUCUGCUGUCCCAGACCCUGUACGGCAAAGAGAACUUCACCUCUCUGGAUCUGAACUACGACGAAGCAGACUCUUACUCUAAACGAGAGCAGUGGAACUGGCUUUACAACGCUUCAAACCCCCGCGAUCCUCGACCCAGGAUAAAAAGGAGGCCCAUCGUCAAGACCGGCAAGUUCAAGAAGAUGUUCGGUUGGGGUGACUUCCAUUCCAACAUCAAGACGGUGAAGCUCAACCUUCUCAUUACUGGUAAAAUCGUGGAUCAUGGCAACGGGACAUUCAGCGUCUACUUCCGCCACAACUCGACCGGUCAGGGCAACGUGUCCGUGGGACUUGUUCCACCGACCAAAGCGGUGGAGUUCCAGGUCCACCAGCAGCACCAGCAGUACCACCACCAUCACCACCAGCAGCAGCAGACGGCUCUGGAGACGAAGGACACCAAGCUGUUCAACUGCAGGGUGGAGUACGAGAAGGUGGAGAAGGGCACCAGAAAUUCACUGUGUGCCCACGACCCCUCGCAGAGCUGCCCGCAAGAGCAGACCCAGAGCCACGUGUCCUGGCUGUGCUCCAAGCCCUUUAAAGUCAUCUGCAUCUUCAUCACCUUCUACAGCACCGACUACAAGCUGGUGCAGAAGGUGUGUCCAGAUUACAACUACCACAGUGACACCCCUUACCUCCCCACCGGGUGAUCACAUGACCAGACGAGGAGAAGAAAAAAAAAAGACAGAAAAAAGACGCAGAGACAAGCCGUCAGGUCCUGAGUGGUGUCAGAUUAUUUGAAUGAAAAUGGAGUUAAGACACUUCAAACUUGAGAUGUUGACAGGCAUUAUUACAGCUAACAUAUCCUUGUCGCAAGACUGAUAUUGCUCCAAUGAACAGACCUACCCCGAGGUCAUUAUGAGAGCAUUUAGGGAAGCAUUUAUAGGCUUGCAAUACUCAUAUUAUAUGCAUAGCUGCUUACAUCGAAAGGAAAUUCUCAAGCCAACUGUAAAAAUAUGCUGAUUGUAUUUAUGUAAAUAUUGUGGAUUCUACACAAAGACCAGAAAACAAUUUUAUUAAUGUUUUCUCCUGCUAAUUUAGUUGUUUAUGUUGAUAGUGAAUUUCCGUCUCAAUCAUGCUUUCUGUCUUUUCCAAUCAGUCUCUGGUAAUCACUGCAAACACGUAAAUGUCAAUGCAACUAAGAAGAAUCUGUCAGUAUGCAUUAGAGGGCGUAAUGGAAAAAGCAAACAUAUUUUGAGUGGUGUUGUUUUCUGCAGUGUGAUUGUUAGAGUGAAAAUACCUCUCUGAUAUUGUUGUUGGAAUCUCGUCCAUGUCCAUGCAUGAACCGAAUGUGGUAAACACCUGAAUAACGCCCAUCUAUAUUUUCAUGUUAUUGCAGCUGUCAGAAAUAAUCUUCAUCAAGUCAUAGGAGAAAAACAAAAAAAGUACUUCUAUUUCAAUUCUGUGUUAUGUGUUAGCAGUUUUAAGGUCAUGGAUGGCGCACAGUAAAUGACACCAACAGAGGGCUCACAUCAGAUCAAACAUAAGCAAGUAAAUGUUGCAAUAAAUAAAUAAAACUUGAAGACACACAAGUUGACAGAGAUACAAAAGAUCAUUUUCUGUACUGCUGCUUAUAAAAAUCAAACAUAACUGUCCUCUAAUUCUGCUGUUUUCUCAGUCCUGCAUUUCCAUUUUAGACAUUUAGACGUUGCUCUUAUUUUUAUGACUUAUAACAAGUCCAGUAUAAUAAAUUUCAACUCCUGCAUCACAACAUGACAAGCAGCCUGUAGUAAGAAGUGUCAGAGCCACAGGGCCCUCGCAGUAUCCAAAAAUAACUAUCUGUACACACUGGAAUAAUCAUUUAUAUAGAAAAGUGCUAAUAAUGAUAAAAAAACAAGGCCAAAAGUGUUUGAAAGUGUUUAAAAAAUAGAUAUUAGAACAAGCAGAAGAGAGGAAGACAUGGAAGUGAGAGGAUGAUUUCCUAAAGUAAAUUUAACAAUGGUUGAAACGGAACUAACGCUGUAUUGAAAUGUGAGAUGUGGUAAAAUGCGGUUUCUUGCUCCAGAGGAGACAGGACAUACAUUAAACAGCAGGUGCUAAUCACACAUUCCACCUAUCCAACAUUCGCACCUCUGGUUAUCAAAAAAAAAAAAUCUGGAUGAGACUAACACUGGCUGUUAAUGAUAUUGGAUGUUCCAAUUGGCUAUUAAACCUUCAUUACAUAAAUUGGGAGCCAGUGGCUCCACGUGAAGCAUUUAGAGGAAAUGAACAGAGUGUAAGUGGGAGCUCUGCAGAGUCAACACCAUAGAAAGAAUGAAUUAAAGUGCUGAUAGAAAACCUGUAAAAAAGCACAAAUGUGCACCUAGGGGUGCAAUCACUGCACUGUCUAUUUAAAUUCAGUGCUCUUUCACAGUGUACGCUAUGGUAUACGCAACACAGUAACUGCUAAUGGCAGCCUGGAUGACAUCCAAUAUGCCAACAUGGGGUGUAUUUUCUGACAAGGCAGGCCAAAGAAUAGGGGUCUGUCUGUGGGAUGAGUGAGCAUAAAGAGGAAUUUAUGAUGUGGAGGAACAAGGCUGGCAGAAAUCACUGGAAGCACCUGACUCGUAAAUUGAGAGCAUGUUUCUGUCACAGAGAAGAAGGAAUGACUAAUGUCUCAGAUUGCUGUUUGGGCCAGUUCUUUCAUCUCAAUAUCUUUGACUUUGAUAUCCCUCCACCCCUACCCAAAUGUGCCAGGGACAGUUUGUUCAGCUUCAAAGAAUUAAAGCACCACUUUGCCGAGACAAUGCAGCCUCAUUAUGCACAUAAUCUUACAAGUGUAAACAGUCUGGCACAAAAGUGUUUGGUGUGAGAGCUACUGAGAGAUGGAUCUGUUCCCUGACUGAUGUUGUCUGAGGGUAAAUGCAGCUUAUCAUGUUGUGUACUGUUUCACAAUUAAUUAACAAGAAAGUAUAGAUGUAUUCACAAAUAUAACUUAAAGCUGCACUAACCAAUAUUUUAACAUUAACAACGGAUGUCUAAUGUGAAAGGUAUUGCUUGUUGUGACAAACCCACAGAUUUUCCUUCAGCUCUGCAGAGCGUUUUAGCGCCUUUCAGCUUAUUGUUUUGGUUUUACGGCCCUCAACUUUACUGUUUUGAUUCACUCUGAUCAGCAUCGUUUCCAGCAGCUGCAGUCAGCUUUUUUGUACGCUACCUGCCCAGCGCCAAACAGCUGACAGACACAGUCAGCAACUAGCUCAUGAACAUAGUGGAGCAUUUAGCAGCUAAAGAGCCAGAUGUUUCCCUCAGGAGUCGGUAGAACGUAAACAAGUAAAUAUUCGACUUCCUUUCGCCAGGUGGCCAAAAAGACGGUUCCAAAUGAAUACACACUUUUCAGUGUCUGCUGGAAGUGUAAAUAAAAACAUGUUAGCCAAAUCAAGUUUAUGAGGCAUAAUUUGUCAGUGUUGUUUUUAAGAGUUUGACAAAAGAUAAAAAAAAUCAGCAUUUUGUCUGUUUCAAAUCUGAUAGUAAUUUCAAAUAUUGGGCUGUUUUACCCCUCUAUUUAAGAACAUUACUGAUUUAAAAACUUGAGCAUCUGGAAGAAUGAUUAACUUAGAUGUUUUAAGGGACUAAUACUAGACUAAACAACUGUCAAUCAUUUUGGGAGUGACAGCAGGUUCCAGUUUUAUGUUUUGGCUUCUAGCGCUAGGGCUAAUCUUUUGUUAACUUUCAGAUCACUGUUUGUACCUUCAAUACAACUCAAAGAAAUGAUUAAACAGAGGGGAUGUAGAAAGUAGAGUUUUAUAAUUAAAACAGGAAAUAGCUUCUCAGAAAUUAAAUUCAAACCAAUCUCAAAUAUCUAAUAAGCUAAAUUCAGCAGACUAAUUUGCCCAAGUAGGAGAGGUUGGAUUAAUUUAACUCCUCUUUAUAGCGAACAUUUCUUAAAUUAUGUUGAUUUCAAAGCGCCAUUUUACCCGACAACAUGAAAAACUAGCCUUUUCCUCAGAGAAACUGUCCAUUUAACGAGCUCAGUCUGUAUGAAUGAAACCGACGGCAUUACAACCCGGCAGUGUUUGGACGUCUAAGUUAUCUUUGGACCCAGAUCUUCUCCCUUGGUUCAGUUGUCCUGGGCCGGAGCCAUCCAUGCCUGCCGUCUAUCCCCUAGCUCGCCCACAAUCCCUGAUUAAUGUGGUUUGGGCGGGAGCUGUCAGAAAUGGCAGAGAGAAUCAUGGGAUUUCUCCUUCAGAGUCCCAAUGACACCCAGCAGCUGCAGGAGUAAACAGAUGACUAACCACUGGCCUUUUGGCAGCCUGUGGAGAUUCACACGGAGGGAGGGCUGUGAACGCUGCUUUGACAUUUAGGUGGAUUAGAAAGUUCUUGGGUUCUGCUCUCGUGGUGUCAGAGGUGGUUGGCAUAGUAAUUAUUCGCGUCUUGGUUUUCUUCCGCUUGACCCCCAAUCGCAGUGAAAAUGUAGAGGUUCAGUUUUACAGAUGUUUGUUCAAAUGAAAUGUGUGAACGAUCCUUACAAGCCUCAUUUAUAAACAAAUCACAUUUUGUUUGCACUGCUACAGAAGACACAAUAGGGAUCCUACUUUAAAAAAACAACAACAACAACCAUUUGUCAUUUCAGACCAUGUCCUGCUGCAGAAUUCAUUUCAAAUCUGGGGCUGAAGCUGUCCUGGGGCACAGUUUUGUGUGAGGUAUUGACAUAUUAAAGGCUCUAUCAGACAAUG